CGGCCGGGGGAGAAGCGCCCACAUAACGGAGUGUGUGUUGGGGGUGGGGGGUUCCUCCGCAGUACGUCGGUGCCCUCGAAGAGAUGCUCCUCGAGCUGAAGAACCGCUCCAGCAAGCCGGCCCCCGAGCUGCUGAACGAGUACUCCCGCAAAGUGGAUUUCUUAAAGGGACUUCUGGAAGCUGAAAAAUUGUCGUCAUCCACUGAGAAGGCACUGGCAAAUCAGUUCCUGGCUCCAGGACGAACUCCUACUACGGCCAAAGAGCGAGCCCCAGCCACUAAAACAGUUCACCUGCGGACGAAAGCUCGCUGUACAGACAACAUGAGGAGUGAGCUGCUCGGCACAGAUCCUGUGUCCAUCAACGAUUCUGAGGAGCCGAACGUAAGGAAGCGCAAAGGACUUGAACCUGAUGAGAAACAGUCAGCAACUGAGCUGGAUGCCGUGUUGCAGCAUCAUCAGAACCUGCAAGAGAAAUUAGCAGAAGAAAUGCUGAGUUUGGCUCGCAGUCUCAAAAACAACACUUUGGCAGCACAGAACGUUAUUAAACAAGAUAACCAGACGUUGUCUCAGUCCCUCAGGAUGGCGGACCAUAACUUUGAGAAGCUGAAGGAUGAGUCUGAACGUCUUGAGCAGCAUGCAAAGAAAUCUGUCAACUGGUUGCUGUGGAUAAUGCUAAUCAUAGUUCUGGAAGCCAGGCUGGGUUCUCUCCAGAUGUAUCAAUUGCAGAGAGUUGGCAAAAGACAGAAGGAGCCUUGGAGGGCACGGUGCAGAGCAUGCUGCAGUGAGUUCAUGCUGCUUCAAGUGGACUCUAGAUGGUGCCCAGGAAAGAACAGAGCUCAGCUGGUCUCUCUCAGCUGCACUGGCUUGACCAGGAAGACUUCAUUAACAAAAGACACAGAUUAGUGGUUCUGACCCUGAAAACAAACCAGUUUCCAAGUUCCCCUCCAGAAUGGAACUAUGCACUGAAUCCUCCAGGCCACCAGCCCUGUCUACAGGAACUCUCUGUAAGGAUAUUUGGUCUCUGGGAGUGAAGGGGAUUCCCGUUGAAAAGUGUUGGGAAAAGGACUUCUGUUCUCAUGGGAUUGAUCCAGAGCAGCUAGGGGUGGUGUGGGGGUUUGUGCAACCCUGCUGGUUCUACGUGGAGUCUUCUGGAGGCUACGUGGCUGAUUUCAAGUUCCUAGUGUCAUACGCACCAGGAAAGCUGGUCCUGAAAGAUUUCUCAGUGCUUGCCCAGGGAGCAUCCUAUAGAGCCUGGCCCAGAGCAGCCAGUGACCAUGGCAAAUGUAGAGCCUUAAAGGGAGCAAGAAGCUCCUGGGGCUUGAGAGAAGGUCCCUGUCCUGCAGAGCCUUACUCAGGAGGGUGUAAGGGGGGCCACAGGAGAAGAUUUGCCUUGCCUGCUACGUAGCUGGUUUUGGUUUUAUGCUGGUACAGAUCAAAGCUACCAAGGGAGAUGAAAGACCUGAGCGUACCACACUCCAGCACCAGCCUGCUGGUGCUGUACCAUCAUAUUGUGCAUCUCGUUAGCCAGGGAGGGCAUCUAAUUAAUUCUUAUCGCUGAUGCCAAUAGUGAGAAAUUCACGAGCCUCUGUGUCAAGGUUCAUUGAUGAAUACAGAGACAUGCAUGACAGACACUUUAAUCCUAUAAUCUU